AUGGGUGGAAUCACCUGGAUCGUUUCUCUUGCUGUUGCCCUCCUCGGGGCCACCGCUGCGGCCAUGGUAGAACUGAACCCGAGUCCGAUACCGGUGAAUGACAACACAGUGAGCAACGCCAUGGCUCAGGAUGCGGGAAGCAUCAAGGUGCUGCCGGCGGCGCACACGCUGAUGUCGGCUGAGAUGGUGUCCGUGAUGAUCGUCAUGUCGGCGGCUGUGGGCUUCGCCUUUGCCAUGUACUGGUGGUACGCCCUCUCGUCCAUCAAGAUCACUCCUGGUAAGGAUCAGGGCCUGCGCAAUGCCCACCUCACGGAUGAGGUGAUGCGUAACGUGUACGUCAUUUACACUCGCAUAUCCGAGGGCGCCACGGCGUUCUUGGUGUCCGAGUACAAGUACAUGGCCGUGUUCAUGGCUGGCUUCGGCACGCUGAUCUUCUUCCUUCUCGGCAUUGCGCUCUCUUCACCUCAGCCGGGCCAGGUAUCGCCGCAGUCCCCGUGGAUGAACGCUAGCCUUUCUCUGUUUGCCUUUUUGAUGGGCGCGGUCACGUCUGUGGGGUCGGGCUGGAUCGGCAUGCGCAUUGCUGUGUACACGAAUGCGCGCACGGCUGUGAUGGCAACCUCCGGCGGUGACGAAGGCGAUCAGUCCAGUGGCUUCCGACUCGGCUUCCAGACGGCUUUCCGCGGCGGUAUCACAAUGGGCUUCGGUCUCACUUCGAUGGGCCUCUGCUCACUUUUCGUCACUGUGAAGACUGUGGCAGCGUACUUUGACACCAAUCCCGAGACGAUGCCGGAGCUGUACGAAUGCGUGGCGGCGUUUGGCCUUGGCGGCUCAGCUAUUGCCUGCUUCGGUCGUGUCGGCGGCGGUAUCUACACCAAGGCCGCCGACGUCGGCGCUGAUCUUGUCGGCAAGGUGGAGAACAAUAUCCCUGAGGACGACCCACGCAACCCUGGAGUGAUUGCCGACUGCAUUGGUGACAACGUGGGUGAUAUCGCUGGCAUGGGUUCUGACCUCUUUGGCAGCUUCGGCGAGGCGUCGUGCGCUGCACUCGUUGUGGCAGCGAGCUCCGCUGAGCUGACGGCCUCCUUCGCCUCUAUGAUGUACCCACUGCUCAUCACGGCCGUCGGGGUGCUUGUAUGCAUUGCUGUGGCCACGAUCGGCGCCACAAACAGUGGUGUGCGCCGUUCGCACGAUAUCGAGCCGACUCUGAAGCGCCAGCUGCUGCUGUCGACAGUCGGCACGACAGUUGCACUGGUCUGUCUCACAGAAGUGGCACUGCCGCCAACCUUCACGGUGGGCACCACGGAGAGCUCCCGCUGGGGCGCCAUCACCUGCGUUCUGUGCGGUCUCUGGUCCGGCCUUCUCAUCGGUUACACAACCGAGUACUACACCUCCAACGCCUAUCGCCCAGUGCGGGAGAUUGCGGAGGCAUGCGAGACGGGUGCCGCCACGAACAUCAUCUACGGCCUCGCACUCGGUUACCUUUCUGUGGUGCCGCCGAUCCUGGCCAUGUGCACGACUAUCUAUGUGUCAUACCGCAUGUGCAACGUGUACGGCUUCGCCCUCGCCGCGCUUGGAAUUCUUUCGACGAUGUCUGUCGCGCUGACGAUUGACGCGUACGGCCCCAUUUCCGACAACGCUGGCGGUAUUGCAGAAAUGUCGCACAUGGGCCAUGAGAUUCGCGAAAUCACGGAUGCGCUGGAUGCCGCUGGCAACACCACCGCUGCCAUCGGCAAGGGCUUCGCCAUCGGCUCGGCUGCGUUUGUCGCUCUGGCACUCUACGGCGCCUAUGUGUCGCGUGUGAAGAUCCCCUUGGUGAAUAUCCUCGACUCAAGCGUGAUGCCCGGUCUGCUCUUCGGUGCCAUGCUGCCGUACUGGUUCUCCGCAAUGACAAUGAAGUCUGUCGGCGUUGCGGCCAUGGACAUGGUGAACGAGAUCCGCCGCCAGUUCCAGGACCCCGAGGUGGCUGAGGGUCGAAAGGAGCCAGACUACGAGAGUUGCGUGGCCAUUGCCACUCAGGCUGCUCUGCAACAGAUGAUUCCGCCGGCGGCUCUGGUGAUGCUGUCCCCAAUCGCGAUGGGCAUUCUCUUCGGGAAGUAUGCGCUGGCGGGUAUGCUGCCCGGCGCCAUCGUGUCCGGCGUGCAGAUGGCCAUCUCGGCUUCGAACACCGGCGGUGCGUGGGACAAUGCGAAGAAGUAUAUUGAGCAGGGUGGGCUGCGUGAUAAAAACAAGGGCAAGGGCUCCCCGCAGCACGGUGCCGCCGUCAUCGGUGACACCGUCGGCGAUCCGCUCAAGGAUACCUCGGGCCCAGCGCUCAACAUUCUCAUCAAGCUGAUGGCCAUCAUUUCCGUCGUGUUCGCACCGGUGUUCCAGUCGAAGAUGGGCGGCAUUAUGCUUAAGCUCAUCGAGUAG